GUUGACAUACCAAUUGUCAAUCAGUAUUCAUUUCCAUCGGGUCAUUCAUCAAGAGCAGCUCUAUUAUCAUUUUUUUGGUUAACGCUUCGUUCCUCAUCUCAUCUAAAAAUCGUUCGUGAAAUAAUUCGAGUUUUUCCGUUUCUAGUGGCAUUGAGUCGCGUUAUGAUGGGACGACAUUAUUUGACUGAUGUUUUUGCAGGUCGUUUUAUUAUUUACAAGUAUUUUUAUCUCUCUUCAUUUGAUAAUUAA